AUGGGAAAGGCAAGAAAUAAAGCAGAUCUGUCAGCAGCAGCAGGUGGGAUCCAGCUCUGGCAUGUGGAAUGGGGGCAUGAAAUUGAGAAAGAUUCUCUGGCUUACGUCGAAGCCCGGGAUGCUCAGUUUUGUGGAUCGGGGCCCGAAUUUGGAUUGCUUAAUGUCAUUUUGACUGGAAAUGUGGCUCGAGGACCAAUGGAGAGUAUGCCUAUUCGUCGUUCUCGAAGAGAGAUUUUUGAGAGCUCGCCUAGUCGAGCUGAUGAGGAGGAUGCCUCUGAUGUGGAGGCAAGGGAACUAGAGGACGUCAAGACCAAGCCUGUGGUUAUUCGAGUUUUCUUGUCUCGGGGAGAGCUUGAGACAUCUUUCAGGCAUAUUCAGGAUCAUGCCGAUGAGAGGGCCUUGUGGGAGAGAUUAGGCUUUUCCUCAUUACGGGAGGCGGUCCAAGGCUUCGAGGGUGUCACCGCCUUCAAGGCCAGGACACAUUUUGGUGUGGUGGGUACUUCUCGUCUUGCAGAAGAGUACAUUUAUUUUUCUGAUUUAGAUUCUGUUAUAAGAGAUCAUGUUGGGUAUGCUGUUAAUGUAAAUAUUAUCAACUUUGCACUAAUACGUAUUUCAUAUUCUACAGCUGUCUCACAGCCGCAUUUAGUUGGUAUAAAGGAAUCUACACAGCCAAGCCCAGACAGGAAUACACUGGAGGCUGGUACAGUUGGCAAUAUAGCUCAAGCAAGGCCUUCUGUUACGGAGGAAAGUGUUGUACAGUGGGCUAAAAAUGACAAGAGAAGACUACUUCAUGUUGUUUAUAGCGUUGGAGAUUUAGAUAAGAUUAUAAAAUUCUGUACGGAGUGCCUUGGCAUGAAGGUAUUGCGGAAAAGAGACAUCCCAGAGGAAAGAUAUUCAACUGCCUUUCUUGGUUUUGGACCCGAAGAGUCACAUUUUACGGUUGAACUUUCACACAACUAUGGAGUUGGCAAAUAUGAUAUUGGGACUUGUUUUGGUCACUUUGGUGUUGCAGUUGAGGAUGUUGCUAAAACAGUAAGCCUUGUAAAGGCAAAGGGUGGAAAGGUGACACGAGAACCUGGUCCAGUCAAUGGUGAAAGUUCUGUUAUUGCUUUUAUAGAAGAUCUUGAUGGUUAUAAGUUUCAGCUGUUGGAAAAGGCACCAACAUUGGAACCCCUUUGCAAGAUAAUGCUUAGAGUUGGAUAUGAAAAUUUUAGUAAUAUCAUAUCCAAAUAUUUGUGUCUGCAAUUUAUGAUUAUUUGUAGCCGAUCUGUUUGUCCUGGAUUGUGUGGUUAUUUACAGUUUUCCAAUGUCUUGGUUCUAAUUUUUUUUCCUCUGAUUAACACAGUCCCACAAACAUAGUAUACCCAUCUUGUUGCAUUUAAUGCUCACUUUUACAUGGAGCCAGAGACCUCAGAUAGUGGUUCGAUGACAAUUGGGGCUGCUGGUGGUCGUGGGGGUAUCACUUUAGCAGGCGGGCGAAGUACAAGAUCUCCUACUUCUAAUUAAAUUGUGCGACCUCUUCCUGGCCUGAAAGAGAAAGUUAAGAAUGUCAUGUUUUAAGAACGUUAAGAACGUUACUGUUGGGCCUCGGAGCCUCAGAGUUUGGCUACUGAAUGGUAUGUUGCGUGGUCUGCGUUUGUGUGUAUGCGACUUAUUGGUAUUUGAUCACUUCUCUUUCAAGUACUUUGACUACAUUGUUUUCUUUCAUUUAUCUUGUCUGACAUCUUGUGAGCUGAAUUAUGAACUUGCUAUGAAGAUUUGCUCCAUACCCACCUAGACCACGCACACUUGGGCAUAUAUUAUGGCAGACUUGUGCACCAGCACCGUGGU